GAGAAGCAAUUAUAAAGUCUGAAUGCAGUUGGAGGAGCCUGGGAAACAGAGUGGCUGGACCUCGCCUAAGCCGUGUCUCUGACUCAUUUGUGACUUCAGGCAAGUUCUUUCAAUGGGAAAAAUGACGAAGAUGAUCAGUUUCAUCCUUCUCACCACUGUUCUGGCAAUGGGCAGGGAAAGCUGGGCUCUCGGGAACUGCCUGCACGAGCAGGCGCGGCUCAGAGCCCAGGUGCACCUGCUUGAGACCAGGGUCAAGCAGCAACGAGUCAAGAUCGAGCAGCUUUUGCAUGAGAAGGAAGUCCAGUUCCUUGAUAAAGGAGAGGAGAAUAGCGUCAUUGACCUUGGAGGCAAGAGGCAAUACGCAGAUUGUUCAGAGAUUUUCAAUGAUGGGUAUAAGCAGAGUGGAUUUUACCAAAUCAAACCUCUCCAGAGCCCAGCAGCAUUCUCUGUUUAUUGUGACAUGUCCGACGGAGGAGGGUGGACUGUAAUUCAGAGACGAUCUGAUGGCAGUGAGAACUUUAACAGAGACUGGAAUGACUAUGAAAAUGGCUUUGGAAAUUUUGUCCAAAAAAAUGGUGAAUAUUGGCUGGGUAAUAGAAAUCUUCACUUAUUGACUACACAAGGAGACUACACAUUAAAAAUCAACCUUGCAGAUUUUGAAAAAAAUAGCCGUUAUGCACAAUAUAGAAAUUUCAAAGUUGGAGAUGAAAAGAAUUCCUAUGAUUUGCAUAUUGGGGAAUAUUCUGGAACAGCUGGAGACUCCCUGGCAGGGAAUUUUCAUCCUGAAGUGCAAUGGUGGGCCAGUCACCAAAGAAUGAAAUUCAGCACAUGGGACAGAGAUAACGACAACUACGAAGGGAACUGUGCAAAAGAAGAUCAGUCUGGCUGGUGGUUUAACAGGUGUCACUCUGCAAACCUGAAUGGUUUAUAUCACACUGGCCCCUACACGGCUAAAACAGACAAUGGGAUAGUCUGGUACACCUGGCAUGGAUGGUGGUAUUCCUUGAAAUCUGUGGUUAUGAAAAUUAGGCCAAAUGAUUUUAUUCCAAAUAUUGUUUAAUUGUCCCUGCUGGGCUUUCAUUUCUGCAGUUCAUCUUUGUUUAAGUGAUUUGAAAAAUAGCAAAUCUGAACCUUCACAUGUAUAAUGACGGCAGUUGUUAUGUGCACUACUUUUCUUACUUGCCUUUAUGACUUAAUGUACUUUCAGUACAGCAAAUAUGUGAUAUUCACCAAAUAAAUGUAGAUUAUGUUACUAUUUAA